AUGCGUCUCACAUCGAUCAUUGCUCUUUUCCUCGCCAACUUGGCUGUUGCUACCCCGAUCGAGGAGAUUUCCAACAAUGUCGCUUCUGAGGCAGACAUAGCUCGAUGCUCGCGACGUUAUGAUAUAUGCAUCAAAUUUUCAACGAGCUGUGAGCUUGUCAAGAAGAGGUCAUAUCGGGAUUUGAUUUAG